GCCGGGAUAUAACUCGCCUCUUGUUUACAAAUUGACAGAGAAACCCGCUUUGACUGAAACACGGAACAUAUUUCCUCUUUCUGACGCUGGCACACCCGAACCGUUGACACGCGUGUAAAAAACAGAUUGCUUUCUUUAAACUGAGCCACGGCAACCCACGCACACGGAGCUGUCACUCUUACACGAGUGAUUUUUUUUUCUGCACCGUCACUGACACACGCUGUGCUUUCAGUCUAAUCUCAGCUGACUGUCCUCCAGGCCUGAAGACGGGUGACUGAAUCCAGCCGAAUGAACAGAGCGACUGCAAAGCGGUUAAUCGAACGCUACUUUCGACAGUUAACUGAAGGCUGUGGAAAUGGCAACUGCACCAAUGAGUUUUGUGCCUCUAGCAAUAACUGUCAACCUCUGGAUAACAAUGCAGCUGCUGCUAAAGCGCUGGACCUAUUUAAGGUUAAUGCCAAACUGUGCGAUUAUUACCCUUCAGUGGAGUCCAAGUCUGACGAAAACUCUCGGAUGGAGAGCGAGACGAACACUGAAAAAUUCUCAGAUGUUCACUACCUCACAGAGCACACGGUGUGUAGGAUCCUGAGUGUCUGUGAGGAAGAAGGGAAUUAUUCUACUCUUGUCCGCAUCAUUGGCAGGAUAUUCUCUAAUGCGGAAGCUCUCAUGAAGAGCUUUCGGAAGGAGGAACCAGGUGCCGCCAAGAACCUGGAUUCUCUUAAAUUGAGAGAAGAGAAAGAGAGCGACCAGUCCUCAGGCAAGAAGGCCUCCUCCUCCGCCUCCUCAUCAGAGGAAACUCCAAAUGGAAACCCCAACUCUUACGAGCCCACCGUAGACAUUGAUGCCGUACGGAGGGUCUACGAUAAACUUCUUUCCAUCGACCAGGUGGAGUCUGCCUUGGUAAAUGCCCUCAUUUACCUCACUCCAAACGUGGAACUUGACCUGGAAUAUCUAGACGUGUACGAAACAAACCCUGAUUACCUGAACAUCUUCAUUAUUGUGAUGGAGAACAGCAACCUUCAUAGCCCAGAGUACCUGGAAGUGGCAUUACCUCAAUUUUGCAAGGCGAUGAGCAAGCUGCCACUGACUGCCCUAGCUCGGCUGACCAAACUCUGGUCGUCGUACGGCCUCCCUCACGUUCGGCGGAUGAUGGAGACCUUCCAGCAGCUGAUUACUUUCACUGUUGUUAGCAAUGAAUACGGUGCAGAAAAUCUGGUGAAUGACGACGAGACAGUGGUGGCUGCAACCAACUGCUUAAAGGUAGUCUUCUACGCAAACAUCCUCGGAGGAGAGGUGGAUGUAGAGCACAACGAAGAGGAUGAUGAAGACUCCGAGUCAGAUGAGCUGACGCUGCACGAACUGCUGGGUGAAGAGCGGCUCUUUAAGAAGGGCCCGCGGGUUGACCCUUUGGAGAGAGAGCUUGGUGUACGCGCCAUAGACAGCAUAAAGCCCCUCAUACCAUUUGAGGAUUUUAUCAAUGAAUCUGUGAACGAAGUGAUUGAAAUGGACAAAGAUUUUACCUUCUUCAAAGUCAACGCAGAAACAAAGUUUUCCUUCCAGAGCUGCCCCUUCAUUCUUAGCGUCAUUACCAAGAGCCAGGGCUUGUAUUAUGACAACAGGAUCCGGAUGUACAGCGAAAGACGCCUGACGGCUCUCUACAGCAUGGUACAGGGCCAGCAGCCAAACCCCUAUCUGAAACUCAAAGUACGCCGAGACCACAUCAUUGACGAUGCCCUCGUCAGAUUGGAAAUGAUCUCUAUGGAGAACCCUUCUGACCUGAAGAAGCAGCUGUAUGUGGAGUUCGAGGGGGAGCAAGGCGUAGAUGAGGGAGGAGUUUCGAAGGAGUUCUUUCAGCUCGUAUUGGAGGAGAUCUUUAAUCUGGACAUAGGGAUGUUCACCUAUGACAACGACACCAAACUGUUCUGGUUUAAUUCAUCCUCCCUGGAGAACGAAGCACAGUACACCCUUAUUGGAAUCGUUCUGGGGCUGGCGAUUUACAACAACUGCAUCCUGGAUGUUCAUUUCCCCAUGGUUGUCUACAGGAAGCUGAUGGGGAAGAAAGGGACCUUCCUGGACCUGUCAGACUCACACCCAGUUCUCUAUCAAAGUUUGAAGGAAGUACUGGAGUAUAGUGGGAGCCUGGAGGAGGACAUGAUGCUCACCUUCCAAAUAUCCCACACAGACCUUUUUGGAAACCCCAUGCUGUAUAACUUGAAGGAGAACGGAGACAAGAUCCCCGUUACUGAGGAGAACAGACAGGAAUUUGUUCACCUGUAUGCAGACUACAUCCUGAACAAAAGCGUGGAAAGCCAGUUCAACGCUUUUAAGAAGGGUUUCCUGAUGGUCACAAACGAGUCCCCGCUGAAAUACUUGUUCAGACCAGAGGAGGUAGAGCUUCUGAUCUGUGGGAGCAGGAAACUUGAUUUUGAAGCUCUUGAAAAGACAACAGAAUAUGAUGGAGGUUAUAACAAGGACAGCCAAAUUAUCAAAGAUUUCUGGGAAAUUAUCCACUCUUUCGGCGAGGAGCAGAAACGGCUUUUUCUUCAGUUCACCACGGGAACAGACAGAGCUCCAGUCGGAGGUCUUGGUAAAUUAAAGAUGAUCAUCGCCAAGAACGGUUCUGACUCUGACAGACUACCGACCUCUCACACCUGCUUUAACGCCCUGCUGCUCCCUGAAUACUCCUCCAAGGAAAAACUGAAAGAGAGACUCCUCAAGGCCAUCACUUACGCCAAAGGCUUUGGGAUGCUGUGAAGAAAAAAACAAGGGAAUACCACAGAAACACACAGGGAGACCUGAACAAACACCAAAAUGCUGCAACAACUCUGUGCCUAAUGGAUUUCUCACAGAUAAAUCCACCGCUGGCCUUCCAUGCUGAGCCUUCACUUGCUUUUUAACUUUGACAACUAUGUAGGCAUUAGAAAUCCCAAAGAAGUUCUGUUCCUGAAAGAUAAAACCCAUAUUUGAAUUGUGAAACUGUGAAAGUGAGCUUCCAUAUAGUAGCAGAUAAAGUAUAUUUAUUAAACUAGUUUGACUUCUGAUGCCUCUGAAGUUUAUACAUGUAGCAGUAUUUUCUCCUCACUGGGCGUGAUGGUGCUCCUUGACUGCAACUGAUGAAAACAAAGAGUUGAACCCUUUUGUAUUACCUGCUAAUAAAUAUAGCGUCACUUAUAAACCGUAUUUUCUGUCUUAGUAAGGGCAAUCUUCAGUUUAUGAUUGAAACUUUUUUGCUGUGCCUGUAACAGAUGAACAUAGUUUGCUGUGAACCUGAUGUGAUAUUAUUGUUUUCUGCAGUUUGCAAGGUUUCAGAAUCUGUUUCAAAGCGAUUUAGCGACAGUAUUAGCGCAUCAAAUCUGAAACAGGUGGUUUCCUUCUCUUGUUGCCUAAGAGUUACUGAUUUGCACACUUCUAUGUGCAGAUGCCAAAUGUGCAAGGCCUGUUUAAGGGAAACUGUCACAAUAAAAGGUUAGAUUUGGCCAUGUAUCUCAGGUAUGUAAAGAAUUUGCAGAAAGUACUUCUGUAAACUCCAAUAUGCAAGGUGAAUAAAA